UACGUGUCAUAACUAAGCUACGACAUGUGCCAUUGUGAACUAUAGAAGGUGUGGGAAGAAGGGUCUACUGCCAAACCUGAAUCCUCUUCUUAGAACUCAGUUAGGCUCAGAAGGUGGUGUGGUCUCCAUACUCUCUGGUCAACACGUUUAAAGGUUCUAUCUAGUUAAGCUUGGGGCUUUUGGAUCAUGGAUACCUUCCUCUUCACUUCUGAGUCAGUGAAUGAGGGUCACCCUGAUAAGCUUUGUGACCAGAUUUCUGAUGCAGUCCUUGAUGCCUGCCUAGAGCAAGAUCCAGAAAGCAAGGUUGCCUGUGAGACCUGCACAAAGACCAACUUGGUCAUGGUCUUUGGAGAGAUUACCACCAAAGCCAAUGUGGACUAUGAGAAGAUUGUUCGCGACACGUGCCGCGGUAUAGGCUUUGUGUCCGAUGAUGUUGGCCUUGAUGCAGACAAUUGCAAUGUAUUGGUUUACCUGGAGCAGCAAAGCCCUGAUAUUGCACAGGGUGUCCAUGGCAACCUCACAAAGCGGCCGGAGGAGAUUGGUGCAGGUGAUCAGGGUCACAUGUUUGGCUAUGCCACGGACGAGACACCAGAAUUUAUGCCUCUCAGUCAUGUACUCGCUACCCAGCUCGGUGCUCGCCUCACCGAGGUGCGCAAGAAUGGGACCUGCACUUGGUUGAGACCUGAUGGGAAAACACAAGUUACUGUGGAAUACUACAAUGACAAUGGCGCAAUGGUCCCGGUCCGUGUCCACACUGUUCUGAUUUCCACGCAGCAUGAUGAAACUGUUACCAAUGAUGAAAUUGCUGCUGACCUCAAAGAGCAUGUAAUUAAGCAUGUGAUACCUGAGAAGUACUUGGAUGAGAAGACCAUUUUCCAUCUCAACCCGUCUGGCCGGUUCGUGAUUGGCGGCCCGCAUGGUGAUGCCGGCCUCACUGGGCGCAAAAUCAUUGUCGACACAUAUGGUGGUUGGGGAGCACAUGGUGGCGGUGCCUUCUCUGGGAAGGACCCCACCAAGGUGGAUAGGAGUGGAGCCUAUAUUGCUAGACAGGCUGCAAAGAGUAUUGUGGCCAGUGGAAUUGCAAGAAGGUGCAUUGUGCAAAUUUCAUAUGCAAUUGGUGUUCCUGACCCAUUAUCUGUGUUUAUUGACACUUAUGGGACAGGGAAGGUUCCAGACAGGGAGAUUCUGAAGAUUGUGAAGGAGAACUUUGACUUUAGGCCUGGAAUGAUUUCCAAUGAUUUGGACCUCAAGAGGGGUGGGAAUGGCAGGUUCUUGAAGACUGCUGCUUAUGGACAUUUUGGAAGAGAUGACCCUGAUUUCACAUGGGAGAUUGUGAAGCCUCUCCACUGGGAGAAGCCCCAAGAAUAAAUAAGCUUGUGUUACCAAUACAGUGAUAUCAUUAGCUGCUUGGUUUGUUUUCCCUUUGCGAUAGUCAAAGUAUAUCCACUGGUUCUUACUUCUUUUCUACAUAUAUGAGAAUUGAGCUGAGUAAUUUCUAGUAAGUAGAAACUAAGAGCUGUUAAAUAUU